AUACCAUAUUUGUUUAAUAUGUGCUCAAAUAUGAUGAAUAGAUUUAUUGUGAGUGAGCAAGCAGCUUUAAGUUUCAAGUUAAUUUAAUGGAAAAAUAAUGAUAUCCCUACUAAAAUAUCCAACAAAAGACCAGCAUAAAAUAAUGACGAAAGCAGUGACGUUUAUAAAAAAAAAGGUUGGUGUGUUGUUGUUUUUUUACAGUAUAUGUUCUGCAGCUAGGAGGCAGUGUUGAAUUAGUUUAACUCUGCAUGAAUGGAAAAGUUUGAGAGACUCAACACGAGUUUAUAAUUAUAUCAUAACUAUUUACUCAUUUUGAAAGUGAAAGUAUUGUUAAUGUUUAAAAGAUUGAGCGCACUGGAGUAAGAUCAUUGUGACCUUAAACCUCCUCAUGGUGAAGACAAAUAGAGCUGGAUGAUGGGUGCUUUUAAUGUUGGACUACUGGUCCUGCUGGUUUGGACUUUCACUGCUGUCUGUGAGGCUGAUGAUGAUAUCGCAAUUAACUGUGAAGAUGUGACUGCACCUGUGGGAGAUAAAAUAACUCUCACCUGCAGAUUCUCUCAUCUGAACGAAGGAUGCUGCGCUAAGUGGUACAAGUUUAUUGAUACAGCAGCAGCUAAUGACCCAGACAUCUGUAGAGAGAACUUCAUAGAUGAUCCCUGUAAAAAAGAGAGAUUUUCAUGUCUUUACACUGCAAAUAAAGCCAUGACAACAAAAUUCAAAUUCUUUGUACAAACCAACUGUGGAGGAGAGACAACAGAAUUCAGUGUGAACAUAACAGGUCCUGAUACAGAUGACGGAGCAGGUGGACCAGACAGUGUCAAAGAUGAAAAAACUCCUGGCCUAGAUAAUUCAUCUGUUGCCGUCAUCAUUGGUCUCUUGGGCUGUUUCAUCAUUGUGAUCGUGGCGUUGAUUUUCUGGAUGAGACGGAAACCAUCUAGAUCUCCACAUGAUUAUGAUAUGGGUGUUUCUAGACCUCCACAGGAUUAUAAUAUGUGUGCGUGUGAAAAUAACACCAUUGAACCUUCAGAUAGAGAAGCAAUGUUGAAAGAAACAUCAGUGAAUGUUCAGAUAGAGAAACCACAGUGUCAGUGUAACUGUAACCACAACAUCACAUCAAGCUAAUAUUCAUGUUUUAACUAAAGCUCAUGCAGGAUUAUGAAUCUUUAAUGUCUUUUAAAGUCUUUUGUGUACCAGAUCAAAUCUACUGACUGUUGAAUGAUAAACAACAGUAGUGAAUUAUUGUAAGACUGUGAUUGUAUGGUUUAAAAGGACUAAAGCUCAGUUUUCUGUGUUGUAUAUAUUUCUGUAAAAUAUGAUUGUUAUUGAUCUGUGAACUGUACAGAGUGUAUUGUAUAUACAGCUUUAAUGUCAAAUGACUUGUGCUUCUUUCUGCAUAGGAAAUCAUUUUAAAAUAAUCAUGUGACCUGUGAAAACUUAAUACUAAGAUGCACAGACUAAUCUUUUGAGUCUCAUUUAUCAAACGCUUCAAUCGCUGCAUUUGGUGUUGGUGAUGUUAAUGUCUGUUUUAAAACUUUCUGCAUCUUUAAACUAAUUUUUGUAUCCAAUCAUGUUUGUGAUUAUAUUGAAGUUUUGGGAUGACAUGAAUAAAGUUUUGUGAUACUCUGUAA